UCCUUCUACAUAAUUCCUUCCGUUCCACAAUUUCCUCCUCAGCUCCUCCCCUCUCAACAAAUAUCAUCUCCAUUCACCUUUCUUCUCACACACACAUAUACAUACACCUAUACAUACACAUAUACAUACACACAGUACCGGAAUAAUGACGGACAUAACGGACGAUAUAGCGGAAGAAAUAUCGUUUCAAAACUACGACGAUGAUCUUCGUUUGCUUUUUAGUCUUCUUAAUGACGUUCUUCAACGUGAAGUCGGUCCGAAUAUCAUGGAGAAAAUCGAGCGCACUCGUACUCUUUCUCAGAGUGCAUGUCUUAUAAGAGCAGCUGGGAUUGAGGACACUGCAGAGGUUCUGGAGAAGCAAUUGGCUUCUGAGUUAUCGAAAAUGACACUUGAGGAAGCCUUGAAGCUUGCUAGAGCCUUUAGUCAUUUUCUUAGCUUAAUGGGUAUUGCUGAAACUCAUCACAGGUCUCGUAAGUCAAAGAAUGUGGCACAAGCUUCAAAAUCUUGUGAUGAUACUUUCAAUCAGCUUAUUCAAAGUGGUCUUUCUCCAGAUGUGCUUUAUGACACUAUAUGUAACCAGGCGGUUGAGAUAGUCCUCACUGCACAUCCUACACAGAUUAACAGGCGUACUCUUCAGUAUAAACACAUUAGAAUUUCUCAUCUGUUAGAAGUCAAUGAUCGCAAAGAUCUUACACAGGAAGAUCAAGAUACUCUAAUAGAAGAUCUGGUGAGAGAGAUAACCUCAAUAUGGCAGACAGAUGAACUGAGACGCCACAAGCCGACACCGGUGGAUGAGGCUAGAGCUGGGUUGAACUAUGUCGAGCAGUCCCUUUGGAAAGCCAUACCCCAUUACUUACGCCGUCUCAGUAAUGCUCUAAAGAAGCAUACUGGGAGGCCACUUCCUUUGACAUGCACACCAAUAAGAUUUGGAUCUUGGAUGGGAGGUGAUAGAGAUGGAAAUCCUAAUGUCACUGCAAAGGUGACGAGAGAUGUAUCUCUUCUAUCAAGGUGGAUGGCGAUUGAUCUUUACAUACGGGAAGUUGACAACCUCAGAUUUGAACUUUCAAUGCACCAGUGUAGCCAUAGCCUGUCAAGUUUGGCACAUGAUAUCUUCUCUAAAGAAAAUAUUGAAGAGGACCGGCGGAUAACUUGGGGCAACAUACCAAAGCAUCAAACCCAUCAUGCUUAUGGCCUGCCUACACAACUUCCCGCUCAAGCUGAUGUACCCUCGUGUACAGAAUACCACGAAGUGGAAUCUCAUUAUCCUCAACUAGAUGUUCCUGGGUCUGAGUACAAACCUCUGAAAAGCAAGGAAGAGCAGGCUACUUUAUAUCUGCAAGUUAAUGUAAAUGGCAACCAAUCUAGUGGAACCAGUGGUCAACAACCUUCUACACCAAAAUCUGGAACUGACAGCCCCAAUCAGCUAGCUCAGAGGAAAAUGUUUGGCGAGGUAGGAAAAGCCAGCUUCCGGAAGCUUCUUGAACCAAGCAUGCCUCAGAAAUCGGGAAUUUCUCCUUACAGAAUUGUCCUUGGGGAUGUAAAAGAAAAGCUUAGGAAUACUCGUAGGCGAUUAGAGCAGCUUCUUGAAGAUCUUCCUUGUGACCAGGAUCCUGGUGAUUAUUAUGACUCACCAGAUCAGCUAUUGCAACCACUCAUGCUAUGUUAUGAAUCUCUGCAAUCCUGCGGUUCGGGAAUUCUAGCUGAUGGACGGCUUGCUGACCUUAUAAGAAGAAUUUCUGUGUUUGGGAUGGUACUGAUGAAGAUUGACCUCCGUCAGGAAGCUGGUAGACAUUCAGAGACUCUUGAUGCAAUUACCGGAUAUCUUGAUAUGGGCACAUACAGUGAGUGGGAUGAAAGUAAGAAAAUAGACUUUCUAAUAAGAGAGCUAAAGGGGAAGAGACCUCUGAUUCCACAAACUAUAGAGGUUUCUCCUGAAGUUAAAGAAGUCCUGGACACCUUCCGUGUUUCUGCUGAGUUGGGUAGUGAUUCUCUAGGUGCCUAUGUGAUAUCCAUGGCCUCAAAUGCAAGUGAUGUCCUUGCUGUGGAGCUUCUGCAGAAAGAUGCUCGUCUUGCAAUAUCAGGGGAACAAGGAAGACCAUGUUGUGCUGGAAUAUUGCGGGUAGUCCCUCUGUUUGAGACCGUGAAGGAUUUGAGAGCAGCUGGUUCUGUGAUACGGAGAUUAUUAUCUAUUGAUUGGUACAGAGACCACAUCAUAAAAAAUCACAAUGGACACCAGGAGGUAAUGGUUGGAUACUCUGACUCAGGUAAAGACGCUGGGCGUUUUGCUGCUGCAUGGGAACUUUACAAGGCUCAAGAGGAUGUUGUAGCUGCAUGCAAAGAGUAUGGUAUCAAAGUUACUUUGUUCCACGGCCGUGGAGGAAGUAUUGGCCGAGGUGGUGGUCCUACACAUCUUGCUAUUCAAUCCCAACCACCUGGUUCUGUCAUGGGUACACUUCGAUCAACCGAGCAGGGAGAAAUGGUGCAGGCCAAGUUUGGGCUACCAGGGAUGGCUGUGAGGCAACUAGAGAUCUACACAACAGCAGUUCUUCUCGCCACCCUUCGUCCUCCAAAGCCACCAAGAGAUGAGAACUGGCGAAAUCUCAUGGAAGAGAUAUCAGAUCGGAGUCGCCAAAGUUAUCGAAGCACUGUUUAUGACAACCCAGAAUUCAUUACUUACUUCCAAGAAGCUACACCACAGGCUGAACUGGGACACCUAAACAUUGGUAGCCGUCCAAGCAGAAGAAAAAGUUCAGCAGGAAUCGGAGAUCUUCGGGCCAUUCCAUGGAUAUUUGCAUGGACACAAACACGAUUCGUUCUUCCUGCAUGGCUUGGAGUUGGAGCUGGUUUGAAGGGUGUCUGUGAGAAAGGACAUGCUGAAGAACUAAAAGCAGCUUACAAAGAAUGGCCUUUCUUUCAAUCUACAGUGGACCUGAUAGAAAUGGUAUUAGGAAAAGCAGAUAUUCCGAUUGUCAAACACUAUGAUGAAGUGCUGGUUCAUGAAAGUCGGAGGAGUCUUGGUGAUGAUCUUAGAAAGGAGCUUUUGUCAACUGAGAAAUAUGUGUUGGUGGUAACUGGUCAUGAGAAGCUAUCUGAGAACAACAAGAGCCUGAGGAAGUUAAUUGAGAGUCGUCUCCCCUAUCUUAAUCCUCUUAACAUGUUGCAGGUGGAGAUUUUGAAGAGGUUGAGAAGUGAUACAGAGAAUAACAAGCUUAGAGAUGCAUUGCUUAUUACCAUUAAUGGCAUCGCAGCUGGGAUGAGAAACACUGGUUAAUCACCUUCUAGUAAAAACCAGUUGAAUUUAGAUUUGUGUUUAGCAUUUGGUUCGUUAAGAAACCUUACAUGUCGUACAUCCAGUGCAAGUGUUUAGCAUUUGGAACUAAUACUGUGUGUUCAUGUUACCUACCUAGUGUAAUUGUGGAUUUUGAGUAUGGUACAUAAGUGCGUCAUGGUUUGUGACAAUACGCAUUUGAAGAUUUUAACUGAAGAAUCUAAAUGUGGUAUUUGUGCA